AUGGCUCCCUGUCAGAACAACCCGAACGGAAAGCUGAGGCCCGAGACGCAAGGAUCCGAACACAAGGAGACGUUUAGGGAUGAAGAAAAAGAGAAGUUAUCCACCCUCCGCCGGACCACGAAGUUCGGCAUCGCGGCCACUCUUGGCAACUUCCUCUACGGUCACUUCUUAGUCGCUUCUAACUUCCCUCGGGACCACAGACAAGACUCAUGGCUACUCUCCAAGUCCCCUCUGCCCACGGUGACCCUCUCCCUCCUCUACGUCCUCGGGGUGACCUGGAUUGGCCCGAAGCUCAUGGCCAAGAGGAAGCCGUUUGAAGGGCUUAGGAACAUCAUGGUGGCUUAUAAUGCUUUUCAGGUCGCCUACUCCGCCUGGCUCGUCUAUGAGCUGGGCAUGGGCGGCUGGUUCGGUUCCUACUCCUUCAGAUGCCAAACGUGUGACUUCAGCGACGAUCCAAUGGCCGUCAGGAUGAUGCAUGCUUCCUACUGGUAUUACUUUUCCAAGUUUAUCGACUUCCUGGAUACGAUUUUCUUCGUCCUGCACAAGAAAUACGAACACAUUUCAGUUCUUCACGUGUGCCAUCAUUCCCUUAUGCCGGUUAGCAUGUGGUAUGGCGUCCGGUAUCAGCCAGGCGGCCACAACACACUGAUGGGACUCCUGAAUUCCUUCGUCCACGUCGUCAUGUACGGCUACUACCUCCUGGCCGCCAUGGGCCCUAAAGUCAGGCCCUUCUUGUGGUGGAAGAAGCACGUCACGACCCUUCAGAUCGUGCAGUUCGUUACCGUCAUCACCCAUGCUCUUCAGCUGACGGUCACCGAGUGCCCCGGCGUGCCCGCCGCCCUGAACCUGUGGGUGGGAUUGAACGCCCUCAUGUUCCUCGGUCUCUUCGCCGACUUCUACGUCAAGUCUUACCGCGAGAAGAGAGCGUCAGCGAAGCAGAAGGCGCAGGCGACCUCUACCUCCCGGGUGUCCGAGGCGCCCUUGUACUCCAAGAUCCAGAGCAAACUCCCCCCCAACAGCGUCGCCGGCACCGCCUACCAGACCUUGGACAUUUUGUCGCCGCAGGUUAAGACGACUGGAAAACAACUGAACUUUUAUGCGGUCGACGUUUUUACUGAGUUUAAGACCACUGUAGCAGAUGAGAGGCAGACGGCCAGUCAUUCGGGCCCCUACAAGUGGUGGCUUAGCGGUGACACUGAACUCAUACAGCGCCCCUGA